AUGGCUAGCAAAGCUGAAACAUCGAACACCUCCGAGAAGCCUCACGAAGAAUACCAAUAUCUCGAUCUGAUCAGAGAUAUUUUGCGCACUGGCGAAUAUCGUCCUGAUCGAACUGGAACCGGCACGCUUGCAAUUCCUUUCCCUCCUCAACACAAAUACAGCUUAUCUCGCGCGGAUGGCUCGCUUGUGCUCCCUCUUCUGACCACAAAGCGCGUAUUCCUACGGGCUGUUGUUGCAGAGCUGCUAUGGUUCGUUGCCGGCGACACAAACGCAAAGACUUUACAAGACCAGAAUGUACGCAUCUGGGAUGGAAAUGGAUCCCGUGAAUAUCUUGACUCAGUUGGCCUGUCACAUCGAGCUGUCGGCGAUCUGGGACCUGUCUAUGGAUUUCAGUGGCGACAUUUCGGAGCGGAAUAUGAGACUUGCGGUACCGACUACACCGGCAAAGGUGUUGAUCAACUGGCAGAGGUGAUCGACAAGCUCAAAAACAAGCCUUAUGAUCGAAGGAUCAUUCUGUCCGCAUGGAAUCCCGCAGACUUGAAGAAAAUGGCCUUGCCGCCAUGUCAUAUGUUUGCUCAAUUCUACGUUGGCUUCCCGUCGUCUUCGCCUGUGAGGGAGGACGGGACUAAGAAAGGAACCCUACACACCCUGCUUUAUCAAAGGUCAAACGACAUGGGUCUCGGCGUGCCUUUCAAUAUUGCUUCGUAUGCGCUGCUAACGCACAUGAUUGCACGCGCGUGUGACCUUAUUCCGGGGAGCCUGACGCAUACGAUGGGCGAUGCCCAUGUGUACAAGGACCACUGUGAAGCGCUGGAGCAACAGAUCACAAGAGAGCCGCGAGACUUUCCAACAUUGGAGCUGACCCGGGAACCGUGUUGCAGCAUUGACGGCUGGACCGUAGAGGAUUUCAAGGUCACGGGAUACGAGCCACACAAGAGUAUUGCGAUGAAAAUGAGCGUUUGA